AUGGAAAUGUUUAGAGCUUUUUUGUCUGCUGGAAAAUCGACAAUUGCCAGAGGUGCUGCCAGAAGCACUGUCAGAAACUCUGCCAGGGCCAGUCGCAUGUCCAUCCGCUGGGCUUCCACUACUCCCGCUUAUGAUGAAUUGAUGAAGUCUUUAAGAGACGACCUCAAGCAUAAUAUUAGAAUGAAGGCUGAUCCCUUGGAAAAAAAUGUUAUUAGAAGUAUAUUGACGGAGGUGAAGAACAUGGAGAUUGAUAGCAGAGAUCAGUUGCAGGACGAAUUUAAGCUAUAUGAUCUACUCAAUGAGAUGAUCAAAGAUAGAAGGCAUUCUGCUGAGGUCUAUAUGAAGGAAGGAUCACCUGAUAGAUUCAAGCAGGUGGGACUUAAUGAAAUUAGAGAAGCGGAUUAUCUUGUCCAGUAUCUUGAGAGGUUACCAGUUGCCACAGAGAAGCAAGUAGAUGAUCGUGUUAAACAGUUAGCCAACACUUUGAAGAAUGAAGACUUGUUAACUAACAAGCAAAGUUUAUUCAAGAAGGUUCCAUGGAAAACCAUUCAAAGUGACUGGAAUGCUUCCAAGUCUGCCGUUACUAAGAGUGUCAAUAGGGUUUACGAGGAGCUCGUUGGAAAGAAGUGA